CGAGCGCACAAGACCGCUUCCCUGCCCGUGUUGUCUUCGCAGGUCCCCCUGGCCCGCUCGGAGGCUUUCCUGGCCGACCUGUUGGAUGGCGUGUGCGAGCGGAUGAACGAGUACAAGCUGGAAGAAGACCCCGUGACCAAGGAGAAGGCGUUUAAGAGAUUUGCCCCAAGGAAAGGAGACAAAAUAUACAAAGAAUUUAAAAAAUUCUAUUUCUAUUCUGAUGCUUACAGACCUUUGAAAUUCGCGUGCGAGGCCAUACUAGAGGAGCACGAAGACGAGAUACUCUCCCUUAUCGCCCAGGAGGCACAUCACCUCGCUGACAAGCUGUGCAGUGGAAAGGCAGAUCUCUGCAAAACCGCUGCUAAGCAGACCGAACUCUAGGGUGCCAGGCCCAUCAGGUGGUACGGAGAGAGCCGCGGCGCACAGGUCAAC